AUGACAGCGGAAGAAACCAUAAACGUGAAGGAGGUGGAGAUCAUCAAGGUGAUCCUGGACUUCCUCAACGCCAGGAAGCUGCACAUCAGCAUGCUGGCCCUGGAGAAGGAGAGCGGCGUCAUUAAUGGCCUCUACUCCGACGACAUGCUCUUCCUCAGGCAACUGGUCCUUGAUGGGCAGUGGGACGAGGUCUUGCAGUUCAUUCAGCCCUUGGAGUGUAUGGAUAAGUUUGACAGAAAAAGGUUCCGUUACAUCAUCCUCAAGCAGAAGUUUUUGGAGGCUCUGUGUGUGAAUAACGCCAUGUCUGCAGAAGAUGAACCGCAGAAUUUGGAGUUCACAAUGCAAGAAGCAGUCAAGUGCCUCCAUGCCCUGGAAGAGUUCUGUCCCUCUAAGGACGACUACAGCAAACUAUGUCUGCUCCUCACCCUGCCUCGUCUCACGAACCACGCCGAGUUCAAGGACUGGAAUCCUAGCACUGCCAGAGUGCAGUGUUUUGAGGAGGCCUGCACCAUGGUGGCUGAGUUUAUCCCUGCAGACAGGAAGCUGAGUGAAGCAGGCUUCAAAGCCAGCAGGGAUCGACUCUUCCAGCUGCUCCUCAAGGGAGUCCUCUACGAGUGCUGCGUGGAGUUCUGUCAGAGCAAGGCGACGGGCGAGGAGAUCACGGAGAGCGAGGUCCUCCUGGGGGUCGACAUGCUGUGCGGUAACGGCUGCGACGACCUGGACCUGUCGCUGCUCUCCUGGAUGCAGAACCUCUCUCACAGCGUCUUCUCCUGCGCCUUCGAACAGAAGCAGCUCAACAUCCACGUGGACCGCUUGGUCAAGCCUGCCAAGGCGGGCUACUCCGACCUCCUGACGCCGCUCAUAAGCAAACUGUCUCCGUACCCCUCCUCCCCCCUGCGCCGCCCCCAGUCCGCAGACACCUACAUGUCGCGCUCUUUGAACCCGGCGCUGGACGGGCUGUCCUACGGGCUGUCCGGCCAGGACAAGAGAGCGAGCGGUGGGGAGAUAGUGCCGGGUAAAGGCGUCUCGCCUAUGUCCCAUUCCUUCGCCAACUUCCAUUAUCCUGGAACAGCAGGUCAGAGCCUGAGCAGGAGUCUGAUGAUGGAGAGCUCCGACUGCCACAGCAUCUUUGAGGAAUCUCCUGAAACGUCGCGGACGGACACACCUGUGGAUAAGAUGAUGAGUUCAGUUGGGGCCCAGAACACGCGUCCUGUCUCAGCUCCGGGCGAGGACGCACCAUCAGGAGGCUCUACCGACAAGAAUGAACUUCGUGACUCCACAGAGAAGUACGAGGAGUUUUACCGCCAGCGCUUGCGCGUGCAGCAGCACCUGGAGCAGAAGCAGCAGCAGAGGCAGAUGUACCAGCAGAUGCUCCUGGAGGGAGGCGUUCAGCAGGAGCCCCCGGCCAGUGACAUGCAGCACAGCCUCACAGAGAAGUUCCUUAACAGGUCGAUCCAGAAGCUGGAGGAGCUCAAUGUGGGCAUGGAGAAUUUAGGGGAGGAGGUGAAGUCUCUGGCCCAGCAGUGUAAUGGCAACGGAAACGCCCCCGUCUCUGAGGACAAUAACAACCCUCCUUCUGAGACGCCCGAGCCCAGCCGAGCCCGGGGGGGAGGGGUGCUCAGCAGCACCCCCCAACGCACCAUAGGGGGCCGCGCUGUCCAACCUCCAAAUGAGUCCCCCGUUGUCUCUCAGAGCGGGCAGAAGCACAAGGGAGGUCAACAAGGUGACUCUCCAGGCUCUUUAUCCAGAAGUAAAGAGGGUGACAAGCCAAAAAGCCUGUUUGUGCCAGUUCACAGUUUGGAGGACACUCAGGCCAUUCGUGCUGUUGCCUUCCAUCCUUCUGGAGCGCUGUACGCUGUGGGCUCCAACUCCAAAACCCUACGCGUGUGUGCUUAUCCUGAAACACUGGACACGAGCGUUUCAAGUCCAACGAAGCAGCCGGUCGUCCGCUUCAAGAGGAACAAACACCACAAAGGCUCCAUCUACUGCGUUGCCUGGAGCCACUGUGGGCAGCUGCUGGCUACAGGCUCCAAUGACAAAUAUGUCAAAGUCUUACCUUUCAGUGCAGAGACGUGCAAUGCCACAGGUCCAGACCUGGAGUUCAGCAUGCAUGAUGGCACCAUCAGAGACCUUGCCUUCAUGGAGGGCCCAGAAAGCGGAGGGGCCAUUCUGAUCAGUGCCGGUGCAGGCGACUGUAACAUCUAUACCACCGACUGCCAGAGGGGACAGGGCCUGCACGCCCUCAGCGGACACACAGGUCACAUUCUGUCUCUGUACACGUGGGGAGGCUGGAUGAUCGCCUCGGGCUCCCAAGACAAAACGGUGCGAUUCUGGGACCUGAGAGUGCCCAGCUGUGUCCGAGUAGUGGGAACCGCUUUCCAUGGGUCGGGUAGUCCCGUCGCCUCGGUAGCAGUCGACCCUAGCGGUCGUCUCCUAGCAACAGGGCAGGAAGACAGCGGGUGCAUGCUGUACGACAUCCGAGGAGGACGCAUCGUUCAGGUGUAUCGGCCGCACUCGAGCGACGUCCGAUCUGUCAGGUUUUCCCCUGGUGCACACUAUCUGCUCACCGGCUCCUAUGACACUAAGGUCAUGGUCACCAACCUCCAGGGCGAUCUGACCAAACAGUUGCCUCUGACCGUUGUGGGAGAGCACGGGGACAAAGUAAUCCAGUGUCGAUGGCACACACAAGACCUGUCCUUCCUCUCGUCUUCUGCCGACCGCACCGUCACACUCUGGACGCAUAACCCGUAACACACACACACACACACACACACAACACAACCAUCAGUGGCUGUAAUGUAAACCACAUGUUCCCCUAAAACUAAACUACUCCCUCUUCACCGCCAACACUCACACCCCGGUGAGCCUUUCCCUCCGGCCAGUAGGAAAACAAAUGGAUAAAAACCAUGAGAGUGAGAUUGUGAAAGCACACAUUGCAUUUCCAUUUUGUGUUUUGUCAUAUUUAGAGUUGAAACAACAGGACAUCACUGGGUCACGUUUUUCGUUCCUCAAGGACACAAGUCAAUUGCUUCAUGUCUAUUUCACUGAGGAAUGUUUGAGUUAGUCAUUACAGAGAUCUUUGUUAAUGACGGUGCCUUCCUUCAGUCUAAAGGUUUCCAUGAGGAAAAUGAGAGAUCUAAAGCUCAAGCUAAUGAUCAGAUUUUAUUACAUUCCUUCUUCUUUUGCAUAUCAUUUAUCUUACAGCUGUUGUAAUGCUGCUGUCAUUUGGGAUUACAAGUUGAGAUAAUGGUGUAAAGUGUAAUUUUCCAGUGUGUCAGUGACCCUUUGCUGUUCAGAAGCUGAACCUGUUUCUACUUCCCACUGGGAUGUAGUGAUGUCUAAUCUUUACUGUACCCACUGCAUUCUUACAACUCAAUAUGUAAACUAGCUUACGCGUUUUAUUUCAAACCAGUGUUUUUCCGCUGAAGCUGUUAAGUGUCUUGCUAUGGCUUGCUUGCUGAAGGAUUAUUAUGUCAGCAUCAAAGGGAAAUACACAUUUAUUCAGUUCAUCACUGUAUCUCUUGGUGUUCAAAAGCUUUGAUUUAACUACUGCUGUACAGUUUAGCAACAGUAGGUGGCAGGUUUUGCCCAUAACAAGGAUCUAACCAUAUGCACAAUGAUAUGUGAAUGGAAGCACGGGUGUCUAUUUAUUUGGAUCCAGUAUUUGAGGCAUAUGUAUUGUAUUCUUUCUUGUAUUUUACAUCUGCACUUUUUUUUAACAAUGUCUUCUAAAAUUGAUUUACUCACAAAGAUGCAUAUUUAAGUUUUUAUGUUAAUGUAUAGUUGAUAUUAUUUUAACAAAUAAGGCCAAACUAAUACGUACAUAAAUGUAUUUAUUUUACUUGAGUUCAUGUACAUACAGUUUUUAGUAUUAUUUGGAAAUGUUAGUGGCGCUUGUAUUGAGCCUUUCUAAUUCUUUUUAAAAGUGACUUAAAUUAAUUGAAGCUAACUGUUUGCUGGUACGUUCAAUAAAGUGUCUUUUACACAA